AUGAAACAAACGUAUGAACUGUCUUCCGAUGAGGACGUAGAAAAUGAUUCAACUGCCGCUGCUUCCGAUAGCAAGAGAAAUGGUUCAGAGAGGAAUCUUGAUGAUCAUCAAGCUAAACGGUCAUCCACAGAUUGGAAAUCAACAAGUCCGUCCAUUCAUCAUGAUGAUAAAUCAAGUCCGGAAAUAUAUGACUCAUCACCAAGACUGGUUGAUGCUUCUUCUCGGGCCUCAUCCGCUAUGACCAUGGAUCAGUUUUUACAAUUCUAUAAUCAAUUAUUGAUCAAUGUUUUUUUUACGGAACAAGGCUUUGCUAGCUUACCUCCAGGCUUACAAGUUGUUUUUGAUCAUUUUACGGAAAAGUCUCACCAUCCAUUGAGUAUGGAAAAAGUGGCAGCAUUUGAAGGAGAGCAACCGAAAUCAUCUCAAACAAGCUCACCACGAAAAUCUUUGACUUCUCAAAAUACUGAUAUUACUACUCCUAAACAAGUCCACAAACAACAUGUUGUGACUUCGUCUAAAUCGUCCCCUAAGAUGGUCACACCAACAGCCUCUCCAAGUAAAUCGGCUGUAUCUUUGACCGAAAAGUCAACAGUAAGCCCAUUAAACAAAACUAGUUCAUCUGAGAAGGCGUCAACCAGUAGGCCAAGUUCUAAUGACACGAAUGACAAGAAAAGAAAAAAGACUAGUACUUCCACACCACGCACAACCAAGAGAAAAAAGAUUCAAAAACGCACACCAAAACAAAGUAAACAAUCAGUGGACGGAGAAGAGUUAGGUGAAGAUGAAUAUUUCGUGAAAGCAAUUUUGGAUCAUAAAAUAGAAAACGGAAAAAAGAAAUACUUGAUACACUGGAAAGGUUAUCCCAAAUCAGAAUCCACGUGGGAGCCUGCAGAAAACAUUCACGCCGAUCUCAUCACAGACUAUGAAAAUAAGCUGAAAGCAAAGAAAAAGAGGUAA